AUGGGGAAGAGAAGGGAGAGGCUCACCGAAGCUCUACAAGGGCCGCCAGAGGGAAGUGGACGGCAGGGUAACGAGAUUGAUGUGGAUGCGGCGGCGUCGGCGUACCAGGGGCGGGGUGGAGCAGCGCACGAGGGGCCAGACACCAGGGAGGAGGCACUCGGAGCGGCGCCGGCGAGGAGACGGUCGGAGCGGUGCCGGCGAGGAGGAGGUCGGACGGCGCCGGCGAGGAGGAGGUCGGAGCAGCGCUCGCACGCGAGGCAACGAGUCGCGAGCGUACCGUUCCACGAGUCGGGUGGGGAUUUUUCUGGCCCCCGAGUAUCGACGUGUAUCGGUCCGCGAUCCUCGGCAACACUCGCCCAGCCAAAUGCAAUUUUUGGCUGA